CCCCAUCACUGAAAACAAAAUGGCGUCUGUCUCUCGAGCGAAAGUAAGUUACAUUUUCAGAAUUCGCCAAUGUACUAGUAUCUCAAAGUGAAUUUCAAGUGUUUCUUUCUUUUGCUGGUGGAUCUCGGCAUUCAUUUGUACCGGGAAUGAAAAUUGCAUAACAAGGCGGGGGUAGAAACUGACCAAUCACAAUCGAUGUUUACCUCUGCGGCUCCGAGACACUGCUGACCGAAGUUACGUCAUAGCAAUCACAUUUGAUUGAAAUUUCUCCUCAAAGUAUUUUGCGAUUUCAUCCUGCGUCUGGGAAGGUGCACAGUACAGCUGUUCGAUGAUCCUUCCCAGCCAAAAAUUAUGGAAUGGGAAGCUGAAGCGGAAAUGAAGAAAGGAAACUUCCCCAAAGCCCGCGAAAUGUUUGAAAGCCUCCUUGGAAAACGGAGUUGCAAGUCGAAGGAAAAAUCUUACCUGCUGGGGAAAGCGGAUACUUUGGCGUUGGAAGGACGAUUAUCUGAUGCCUUACCCGUUUAUUGCGAAGCUUUUAAAAGAGGGACAAUUCAACCUGAUCGGUUGCUUCGCUUUAUAACAGGACUCAUUAAGGUCAUAACGAUAGAAAAUAAUAGUUUUUUCGAUAACGAGGACACCACCAUUUUACAAUGUGGCAUUUGUACAGGAGUUCUUUACGAACCCGUCACCGUUUCGUGCGGUCACUCAUUCUGUAAAUUGUGCUUAGAAAAGCAAGAAGCGAAAAAAUGCAGUCACUGCGACAAACCAUUCUCUAGUGGUGCUUUUAGGAUAAAUGUUAUCUUGCAAGACAUACUCGAGAAGUCGUUCCAGGGAGUAUUGGAAGCCACUCGCUUGAGGUUCGAAGGAAACCAACUGCAUAAAAGAAAACAAAGUCUGCAAGCGAUCGACAAAUAUAAAGAAGCAGAAAAAUUGAGUAAGUAUCUCCGAGUUUUGAUGUCUGCCAAUGUAUACCAGUGCAUGAACCCAGAAUUUCAUGCUGUUGUUUUUCGCUGCCGUCGAUAGCAGAGUUCAUAGUUACGUAACUACAAGAGUACACAGAUCUCAUUUUAAGAAUACUUUAGCAGUCUAUUGUAGUAUUCCAGCAGACACAGAGGUACUGUUCCACCGUUCCUAUGGGUGAAGACGAGGAAUACAGACAAUUUUCGUUUUUUUCACCCAGGAUGCUGAAAACGAGAGCCGGCUGAUCAAGUUUCGAAUAAAAUUAUUACGCGCGAUAUUUUAAAAUUUCUUCGGCUACACCAGUCUGUGAUCUCCAGCGAUGCCCUUUGUUGAACAUUUGAGCUUUUUAAAUUUUUGAAGGUUGUUGGGGUUCAUUGUUAUAAAAAGUGAACCUGGCUUUCUGAGUUCAAGACUGAUAAAUUCUGUGAUGUUCUUGUGUGACUCCGAAGGUUACGUAAUAUCAAAGUUGUUCAUAUCAUGUUUCGACCCUUAAAUUUAUUUCCGCAAUUAAGGGGUCAUAGUUCUGCUGGCUUUUUCCCCCCUGGCAUCCUAUUUUUUUAUUAUUAUUAAUCAUUCACUCCUCAACCGUGAGUAGAAUAAAAUUAAUAUGGGAAUAUAGAACAGCUAGCUUAAUUAUGUCCUGGGGCUGCUAAUAAUUUGUAUAGCCUAAUUAAUAAGAAGAUAUGCUUCUCGGAAAUAGUUGCAGUGCCUUGGGGAAAGCUGUUUUAAAAAAAAAACAGUAUUAGCAUAACACUGUUAUUCCUGCGGUCACAGAUGCUAUUCUAGAGAAUAGUUCCUUUCAAAUUUCACCCACAAAUGCAUUUACUUCUUCUUGCUCGUCACAGGAAUUGAACAAACAAAAUGGGGCACAAUAUUAAAGUCUCUCAGAGAGUAAACACCCAGCUGUACAGUAAAUUCCGUCUGCCAAAAAUAUUUUGCUAUCAUCUGAGGGAUCAAAACUGUGGCAUCUAAAGUUUCAGCUAUAAAUACAUGCAUGUACAUGUAUUGUUAACCCUGAUGUGAACCAAACUGCUGCUCAAAUUUUAAUGUAAAAAUCUGAUCCAGGUGAUGGCUAAAUGGUUUGCUUGAGUUCUAUUUGUUGUUGAAAGGGCAAAAUGAAUUGAUUUAGCUAAAAGAGGUCUUACUUUUAGGGCCAUCCUAAACCAGUUAUCUCUUUGAACCUUAAUAGUGACUGGUAUCAAAUUUCUCCAAACAAUAUCACUGCCAGAUCAAAUAUACAGGUAAAGAGAGUGAGUGGAAUGAUCAGUACUGAUGAAAUGUCUUGAUGAUUGAACUAAUUCUCUAAAACAGUUCAUUAAGGAAACAUAUGGAGAGCAGUGAGGAGAAUAUACAUGUUAAUAUCAGUGCUUAAAGGGUUAUAAAUAUUCUUGAAAGGGAUGUAAAGAACUGUAGGAGAAUUUUGAGCUGUUUAUCUAAGGUGCUGAUCUGUGGCAGCCAUUUUGGCAACAAAUUCUUAGUCAGCAUGGAUAUCAAAGGGCCUUUCACUGAGACUUUUAGUAAUAAAAAGGUUGUAGAAUGUCAGGAAAAAAAACAUCAAAAUAUUGAAGUCCAACACAAAAAAGUAAUGUUUUGUUCCAGUUAAAGGGUUAAUCUCAUAUAGGGGUUGGGGCAGGAAAGUAUCUCAGAGACCAAGAAACUAAAGUUUGCUGUUUCUCGCAGAUAAAUCAGACCAUCUUAUUCAAAGUAACCUUGCCUGUGUUUUGCUCUCCUUGGGGUAUUUUGAAGAAGCCCUUGCUAGAGCCAGCAAGACUUGUGAACUCCAACCUGCUUGGCCAAAGGUGUGUAUUAAACUUAUUCUUGACAUGAUAAUGGUGUACAGACACAGUUGCCAAUAGCCAAUCAGACUGGAUAGUGUUGUUGUUAAUAUAUAGAUUUAGGCAGAGCUAAAAGCAAAGCACCCAUUGACGUAUUAAGAAUUUACGUCAGACGAUAAAGUUGGUCAAUGAUUGUUAGAACCAGUGCAAAGAAAUCCACAAAUGUAUACUUGACUUUCCGGGAGGACCAUAUGACUUUUGAGGACAAGCUGAGCCGGCGAUCAAUUAAAAGCAAAUAUCUGGUCAGCAGAAAACCUCAAAAAAAUACUUGAUGAAUUGGCUCCUGAGCCGACAAUACAGGCAUGUGAUUCUGGUCAGUGGAUACCCUGUUUUGACAGCUGUCAAUUUACCAAACUAUGAAUGUCUAUUAUCAAGUUACACACAAGUUACAGGCUCCCAUAAUAGCUGGAAAUGUGACAUUUCACACUGGUUUCCCGGUAGCCUGUGUACAGACGUCCCCCCUCCCUCAGGAAAAGUCGCGCGAGGAGACGUCUGUGAAUCGCCGACGAUAAUCAUGUUCCCGUUUCCCCAGAAUGCUGGGGACAGCCUCUGUAAUGUUAAUGCCAUGACGCAAAUAAUUUCCAGUGUUGUACAUUGUACAGUCAUGUGACUACCAAAAUUUCUUGAAUGCAUAGAUAACCAAAUUUCUUACCUAUGGUGCUUUGAGCAUGCAAGAGCUCCACUGUUAUCAUAAUUGACUCCUUGAUCCUUGACCUGUUUGUUGGCUAGGGAUAUUACAGGAAAGGCUGUGCUUUGGUGGGUCUUAACAAAAAGACAGAAGCAGCUGUUGCAUUUUUGCACUGCCUUGCAAGAGAUCCAGGCAACAAAGGAGUAGAAAAAUCACUGGCCAAGGUAGGAAGAUUUUUGUAACUUGAAUAUCUAUAGUAUACUGUAAAUGUCAAGUGUUUUUCCAGAAGAUAUGCAUGUUCCCCUCCCAAACCCCCUGACAAUCACUACCAUUGAGAGUUUUCUCUACCCCGCUGGAAAUCCCACUUGAGUCUGAUCUCUUCCAAACACCUAUGUGUUUGGUGUGUUCUCUGGAGAGGCUCACUGUGUUGAUAAUUAGUGAUCACUUCAUAAAAGAGACCCCAAAAUCGCAGCAUUUUUGUAAGAUUUUUAGCACUACUGGUGGCAGGUCACUUGAAGAAGAUCCAGUGGUGUAUUUAUAAUAAUAUGGUACCAACUCUAUAAGUUAAGAACAUUUUCAGUGUUCUUACCAUAGAAUAUUUUCUGUUACUUAUGUAGCUUAUACAUGAGCUAAUCGUGGAAGCUAUUCCCCGUUCCAGUUCAAAAGGGGACCAUCAUGGCCACUGUGCAAGUGAGGAGACAGAUCCAAUUCUUCACAGAUUAAAAAGUCUUGUUAAUCAUGUAGAGCAAAGUAAAAUGGGCCCUACUAUGCAUGGAGGUAAGACCUUACAUUGGUGGAUACGAGAAUUAUUAUAAUAAUAAAUAACUAAUUAAAUAUUAAAAUGGAACAAACUGGAUACAAGCCCAUUUCAAAUGUCUCAUGAUUUCUAAGGGGAACCCCAACAAUAUUUUGUUAAAAUAAUAAGCAAACACCAACGCUUAGAUAAGCGCCCAACCACCAUAAAUCAAACAGCCCCCCUUCUUAAAUGCGCCCCAUCCCCUCCUUGUCACUUUUUUGAAAUAAUAUGGAUACAAGACAAAUGCAAUGAUAUGCAUGUCGUUGAUGAUGAUGAUGAUGAUGAUGAUGAUGAUCUCAAGGAUGAUGAGAAAAUCACGAUUUUUUACAAACAUUCAUACUGAUACACUAGUGGAUAACGUGUAUAGAAGAACUAAGGUACGCUUGAUUACCAGUCACUGUUUAAAUGAACACAGAAUAUUGACUUUACGUUUAGGUUGGUAAUGUUGUCUUUUGUUUUUCUAUUUUAAAAAAAUAAUUGCUAAAAUAAAAUUACAGUUCAUUGAAAGAAAAACUUAAUAAGCAACCCUUGAUUAAAUGCUCUCCUAUCAAUAAGUGCCCCCCCUUUUCGCUGAAAUUUUGCUCAUUCGAGGGAAUACGGUUACUAAAAACCCCUAUGGCUAUUAUAACCUUUCAGAAGCUAAUGAUAGCUGUGAAGAUGAACCUGACAUCAAGAAAUUAAGACUUGGCAAGCAAUGUUCUGUGGAGGAUCUAGAAUGUACACUGUGCUGUAGGUAAGGAUACAAGUGAACAUAAUAAUAAGCAAUAAUGAUUGGAUAAGGUUUUGGUGAUAUCUGAAAUAAUCAAGGUCAAGGUAAGUGUUAUCAGCCAAGUAGAAGCUGCCUGAGGCUGAUUACUUGAAACUGAGACUGAUCAUUAUCUCGCAAGAACCCGAAUCUAGUAAUAAAUUAUUGUUUUAUCAUACACUGUUCAGAAGAAAAAAAAAACAAACACACCAUUGCACGGAACAGAGUUUGAAAUUGUUCUCGCACAACCUACAGAUAAGUCACUAAACUGCUAGCAGAUGACUAAACUUAUUUGUACAUGUAUGUGGCUGCAGUUUCAAAAAUUAAGUGUAGACUCUCAGCCAAUGAGAAGACAGAUAGUAUUUUAUAAUAGUACAAUGUAUAAUACUAAUAAUGAGUGUGCAAGAAAAAAUUUUUACAAGAAAGAUUAAUAAUUACUGGUAAUUUCUAUUUUAUUGAAAAUUUAUUUCACCAUUAGUCAAUUAAUCACUUGCAUUAUUAAUUCAUUUGAGAGAAAUGACAUCCCUUACAACAAGAAACAAUGAGAAACAGUGUUUGUAGAAGUGUAGUUACAGUGUACAUGAAAGAAAAAUGACAAAAAUGUUUUUUCCUUUAGGUUAUUUUAUGAGCCAGUCACCACACCAUGCGGUCAUGUUUUUUGUCGUUGCUGCCUAAACUGCAAUCUUGAUCACAGACCAACAUGCCCUAUCUGCAGAUACUCUUUAAGCAAGGUAAAGUUACAUCUUUAAAAUGCCAAGUACAACCUUGUCACUCAAAAUAUUUCUUUCAAUUAUCUUUCUCUUUCCCAUAGUUAAUUCCUCCCUUUCUUAAUUUCAGUUCCUUGCUGAAAGAAACCAGGUAACUAUUUUCACUGUUAUUUUCUUUUUAUAAAAAAAAUAUCAAAAUUAAUGAUUAUUGCUUAUUAGCUAGGGAGCUUAAGCAACAACCACAGCAACGGCCACUAAAACGUUACUUAAAAAGUGAAUAAGCCCUGCUUCAAACUUUAUAAUGCUUAUUCCAUCUCACUGAAUUCUUCAAAUGUUAAUUGGCAAUCUUCUGCUGGAGUUGAAUUCUAAAAGACUGUAUCAAAGUUCAGGAAAAGAAAAGGAAAGUCAUUAUCUUGUUUGUGUUCACAUCCUCAACAACAGGUAUUUCACGUCAUAGUAGUACAAAAAAGCACGAUACACGUGCAGAGUUACCAUUUUGCCAAUCAAAACCUAUUGCUUUUUUGCCCUUUUCAUUGACUUUGCCAACGUCAUUGCUUAUUAUAAGCUCCCUACUAAGGAGAAUAUUAGUAUGACACAAGUGAGUGCUCAAUUGUCUUCAGAACAUCACAGCAGCUGUGAGCAGGCUCAUUGAAUCUGCCUUGCCUGAGGAACAUGAAGAAAGAAAAAAACUACAUGAGGAAGAAAUGGAAAAGUUAGCAAGGUGAUCAGGAUCGAACUAUUAAUAUCCAGUCAGACUAGGUUUUUAAGUUUUGUUAGUGGCUAAGAAAGCAGUCAAGUCAAGUCAAGUCAAUAAUUCAAGUCAAGAAGAAGUCACAAAUACAAAAAAAAAAAUGUACCAAGAAAAUUAAAGCAAAAUGGAACUUAAAAACAAAAAAGUGAUGAUUUGACUAUUUCUUCAGUGAGUUUGUAGGAACAGAUUCUUACAUAUAAACAUUUAUACUGGUAUAAAUGAAAAUCAACACAUUUGACUAUGAUUUUAUAUAAAAUUUGUGAAUGUCAUGCUAUUUCACUGAACAUUUUUAAAUCACAACUGGCAAUUUAUAAUAAAUUUUAAAGUUUCAAUUAGCUAGGGUAGAUGCAAUUCUUUCUAAGGAACAGCUCUAGAAUGUAUCUGUUAGUACCACAGAUAUAUCCACCUUACUGGAGAGUCUAGUUAGAGAAAUUUACUUGUUCCUCCAAAUUCCAAUACAAAAAAGCUCAGAGAACUUUUCUCGCUGGGUCAUGUCUGGCGAUAAUAAUGUUUAAUUUAACAAGUAGUCAAGGGCACACAAAAUUCAUGCUUCAAGAUUUUGUAUGUUGACUCUUGAGUCCUGUUACUUUCAGUGUGGCAAGGGACACCACAGAAGAUGUGCCCAUCUUUGUUUGUACUUUGGCCUUUCCGUCACAACCCUGUCCUCUGCACAUCUUUGAACCUCGUUACCGUCUUAUGGUCAGACAGUGUAUGGAGUCCGGAUCCAAGCAGUUUGGAAUGUGUGUGCAUGAUGAGGAUAAGGGGUGAGACCACGCCCUUGUGCAGGGCAAAAUACAGUUAAAGCUCUCCUUCAGCUCUAGUUACCACCACCUUUACGAAACCCCGUUUGAACUGUUUUAAGCUCUCACAAGCGACCACUCAGACCCGAUAAAACAGGAACUGACCUUGAUCAACUCAUUCUUGCACUGAUAUUUAUAUGCUUAGUUAUUUUGGUCUAAGAAAUUGGACAUAAAUUUUAGCUGUGGCUAUAUCAGAUAAAACAUUAAAUUUAUUUUGUUGUUUCUUUCUGAAUUCUUAGUGAGUUUCUGAAGCUCUUGUAAGUGACUACCCUCUAUUGUUUUACCGCGUGCUCCCUUUCAAGACCUCAUUCUCAUAUGUGACCAGCUUUAGCCACAACCACUUUUUCGAUUUCCGAGGUGGUCGCUUACAAGAGCUUCAACUGUCGUUCAUUUAUGGUAAUACAUAUAUACAAUUGUACAUGUAAGACUGAGUGGAGUAGAAUAUUAUUCAGUUUGUAAUCAUGCAAGAAAUUUUGAAUCAGCCAAGUGUGUAAAUGUAGUUUGAGACUGAUUUGAAAGUAUGAGCCGGACUUUAUGUGAUAUUUGCUGAGUGAUAGUCAUAAAUAAUGAAGAAAGUCCUGCUGAAAUUAUAAUUAAUUUUCCAGAUGUUACAAAAACUGAACCUAAUAACCCUGUCUUAGCAUCCUCUGUUUUAAGGGAAAUAAACAAGUCACUCUCGCAAACAUUUUCUGCUAACAGACAAGUGAAAAAUAAGUCGAGCACACUGAUUUUUAGAAUUCAUUGUAAGAGAGUGGGAAAAAUGUAUAACUAUAUUAAAUUAUUGUUGUAUUUACUUUUGAAACUAAAUUUUUGUUGCCUUUCAGUUUUGUAGAUUAUGGCGUCAUGUUAGAGAUUAAUGACCUACAGUACCUUCCAGAUGGAAGAUCUUUUCUUGACUGUGUUGGUGGAAGGCGUUUUAAGGUGAUUAAAGUAUUAAAUUUGGUCAACACCAAGUGUAUAGUGGAUUAUAAGGAACAAUAAGCUGAUUUGAGCCAAACUGUUAUGGACAAGUCAGGUAACUCUCUCUUAACAGACACCUUUGCAAGAUAGGCAUCUCACUGACAUGGACACCUCGAGUUGGUUCCUGCCUUUCUUUACUCCUUUUAGUUGACCCUCAGUAUUAAGACAGACGCCUCCCACACACUUCAGUAAAACAGACACUUAAAGUUAAUCCCUGUCUUUUUUUAUUCCUUUUCAUGGAAUCUCUACAAAAUGGACACCUACAUGUAGAGAUUCCCUUUCUUUAUUUGUUUUAGUCGGACAUCUCUGUAAAACGGACAUACUCGUUCAUCUUAGAAAGAGGUGUCUAUAUUCUGAGUAAAAAGCAAAUUGUUUUUUAUUCGUACUAGUGCUUUGACUGUCUUACUAAAACAGAAAUGUCUGACGUGAAUGAUCUUAUCAGGAACAGUUUUUAUUGACUGCCUGACUGACGAAUCACAUGUAUUUACUUACAGGUCAUUGAAAGAGGAAUACAGAAUGGCUAUCACACUGCUAAAGUUGAAUGGAUCAAAGAUGAACCAAUUCCACCAGAAGAACUGGGUAAUAUGCUGUUUUCAUUGAUUUCAGUUUCAUUGGCAACAACUAGAUAUUUAUUGGCACAACUAUCAACAGUAAUAAUAAUUAUUAUUAUAAUACUGGACUUUCAGCUGUAAGAGGGUAGGCUUAACGUGGUUUUACCAAAAGUUUACAAUCAUUUCCUAUGCCGGUAACUUUCCUCACUGGUUCUUUGUCGAUGACAUUAACAUUAACUUGGUGAAAUGCUGAAAAUUUAACCUGUUUACUAGUUAAAAUAUUUUUUCAGCGUGGAUUUAAAUAAUCAUUUCACACUAAAACAAACUGAAUGUUGCAUGUUUUGUUUGUUGGUUUGUUUGUUUUUUGUUGUUUUUAGAUGAGAUCAAGGCCCUUCAUGAAAGAGUUUACAAUGAUGCAAAAAGCUGGUUUGCAAAUUUACCACUUCUUUCGAGGGUGAGUUUAAAGUUUGCACAACUGCGUGGCUUAUUUUAAUACCAACAUUAAGUUUCAAAGGUUUAAUUACCUAUAUCUACCUGUAGACUGUACCUAGAUGUAGACCACACAAUGGUACUUGCUGUUCCAUGUAUAAUUGUUUAUUGUUUAUUGUUUUGUUUGCCAUAAACUGUACAAAUCAAAUAAAAUCUAAUUAUUUAAAUUCUCAUGGCGAGGAAGCCCAAGAGAAGCCACCGGGCUUAUAAGGAAUGGGCUCCCUCAGUUAGAUAAUUAGAACAAAAUAUUAUGAAUCAUAAUUACACAUGGGAAAAUCAAUGGCAGAGCUACAGUAAAUCUUAAAAUAAAUAUAAUUUUUAGAUAGUCGUACUAAUCAUAGUUCUAGGCUAAAAAAAGCGAAAUGACAAAAAGAAAAAAAAAUGAAAAUAAAAGAGCAAAGGUAAAAAAAAAUACAUAUAUAAUCUUAUUUAUUUUUAUAAAAUUUUGUGUUGUUUUUUUAAUGAGGUGAAUAAAAUUUCAACAUGAUAUUACAUGGGCUUGACUUGAAUUUGCAUUGCUCAAUUUUUGCUUGCCUAGGGCCAUUGCUACCUAAGUUUAUUAUUUAAUUAGAGGGUUAUGUGUUUAUGAAGCAAGUGCAAGUAUGCGAGUGAAGACCUAAGUGAAUAGUUACUUGCCUAACAGGAAAUGUACUUGUCCCUACAUGAGUGAACGGCUUUUAGAAUCCUCAACAUUUGCAAGGCAUAUUGUGUGAUCAGAAUUUUUUUGCUGUUGAUAAUUUCAGAGGCGAAUAACAAACAUGUUUUCAGAAAUGCCAAGCUGUGACACCGAGCUUGUAAAUCUUCCACAAGGGCCCCAGUGGAUAUGGUGGCUUUUGUCCAUAUGUCCUUUACCAGAACAUGUUCAAUUACAGUUCCUUGCUAUGGCUUGCCUGAAGACCCGUCUUGAGAAAUUACAAGAGCUGUUUGCCUCAUUCCAAAGAUACACUUAAAGGUUAUAGGCAGACAAGUUAAGAUAAUUCUGGAACUGUGACUGGAAUCAGUAAGAUAACACCAACUGUCAGAUGUACAGUGUAAUGGCUGACGACCCACAUUAAAAAAGAGUUUGACUUAGGGCAAAUAAUAAGUUUUGUGCAACUGGCCAUGUCUCCUAAACAAAUUAACACUGCAGACAACUUUUUACAGUAUACAAAUUUUACUAAAUAUGUAUGAUAACUUAUUUUUGUAGAUUAUGAUUUAUUGCUAUAGGCCUAUAGGCAAAUUUGCCACGAUGUGAUUAAAUAUAUUAUUACAACCCAGUUUUGAAGCAUACUGGAAGACCCAUAAGGGGGUCGAGGUGUAUUAUUGUAAUUAGACAAACUGAAUUCAUAAACUUGUUGAAUCCUACACCACCUGGUUAGUCAUUGAAUCAAUUAGAACAGGUUUAUUAUAUUUAAGCUAAGCUAUAAGCUGCCGAUUACUAACAAAUUAGGUUAGAAUUGAGCACUGCCAGUAAUCUAAAUGGUUAGUGCUGUGUCGAUGUAAAAUUUCUCAAC